AUGAACUUGGAGGCGGUCCCUGGGGAUAUCCUCGUCCGCGAUGCGUACGCGCAGGAGGAUGUUGCCCCCACCGGAUUGGUAUAGCCAACAUGUUCUGUCCGUGAAGUUGAAAAAGUCACAAGGCACCGCCGACGUAACCUUCGGAGCUACACUGAAAAAUAAGUGUCUCAUGACGCGUUCCAGAUCGGUUACCACACUACAGCAGCAGUACAAUUCACCUUGGGAAUUCUCCAUGACGUGGCUUCAAUGGGGGCUCCUUAGUGCUUGAAGACUUGAUCUCGGCCAAGGGCGAACGAUUGCGUAUAUUAUCCAACAAUGUUUCUUCGUCGUCGUACAUUCCUGGAGCUGAAUUUUCGUAAUCUGCUUGGACAGACACCCCGCACCAUGAUGUGUAGGCAGAUACAUGCAGCUAUAAUGAGCAGACGAUUCAAUUAGUAUGACCUGUAGCGACGUGUUCGCAACUGAAAAGAACUAACGCGUAACUGGUAACUGUGAGAUGUUGCAAAACGAAAUACUCACGAUAACGAAUAUCCACCUCAUGGAACCUCAUGGAAAUUGUGGUGGGCACGAGGGGUCGUCGGGUCGUCUUCAUCUCUACAGCAUGGCAGGGCAGGAGGACUAAGAGCCACGCACAAUACCUCCCAACGCACCAAGACAUGCCGAUAGCGAUCACCAGCAGAGGAAGAAGAUAUGAACUUGAGGAGCGCCAAACUGUCCAGGAAUCUUGUGUGGACCUUACAGGAGUUCCUCCACCAGUACGUGCCAGUCUUUCAAAGAGACCGAACCUGGCUAGUCACCUCCUGGUAAAUGCUGGAGUCUACAGAGCAUCAGCAUCAUGCACUAUCAGAGGUUGGUCCUAUCGACGUCAAGCGAAAGAGUCUAUCAUCAUCAUCAUCAUCAUCAUUGUCGUCGUCGUCAUCGUUAUGAUCAUCCGGCAUGUCCGCACUCUCGUACUGGACCCUCGGUACAAAGAGGCCGACCAGGGGGCACCACUAUCCAUUCGUCCAUCCAUCCGCACUUUCGUGACUGGACCCUCGUUGCAAAGUCGCCCACCAGGGGCGCCACUACAAUCCAUCCAUCCAUCAAGAGAACGACAUCGAUGAUUAUGGCGCAGUGCCGAUUAUGAAAGCACGUCAGUCCUCUACCUAGAUUGCCAUAGUCAUUGUCAGGCUGUCUAGGUAGUCAAUUAUAUAGCCCUGGCCAAUCUCCCUUGUAGCUAAUGGCCAUUCUACGUGGGGCAGAAGAAGAAGAUGAAGGCACGUGUGAUCACGAGCCUCACGUUAAUACAAGGGGAAGAAGAGUACAAGAACUACCUGGACUUACGGCGGGGACUGAUGUUGAGCUGGUUAAGCUGUGUCCACCGUCGACCGAGAGCGACUGCUUCAUUUGGGCAGUAUCAUUCAGGACGUGCUUCAGGGAACCAUACCAAGGAACCAUAUCAAGCAUGAAACCGCUUUUGCCUGCACCAACGCCGGCGAGCGUCCUGGACUUGCUCUACGCCGAUGAGGUUGCACAAGAAUCGGGCAGUGCAGUGCUUGUGAACAAUUUGCUUCUGGUGCUGCUCACGAGCUCCGUGCUGGCGGGUUUUGGCCUCGGCCAAGUGACCCGUCAGUCCGAGGGUCAGUGGACGACAAAACAGAUCAUGUUGGUCGGCCUUCCUGCGGAACUCUUUCUGCGCCUCGCGAGCCUCCUGGUACUGCCGCUAAUCAUGGCUUCAGUGAUAGCGUCGGUCAGCACGAGCGAGCGGUCCUGGUUGGGAAAGCUCGGCCGUAAUUGUGCCCUUUACUUCGUCGUCACAAAGGUCCUCGCUGCGGGCUCUGCCAUUGCAUUCACGGCGCUCAUUAUGCCAGGGAAACCGCUAAUUAGGAUGUCCAAGGAUUCUAUAACUUUGAAGAGGAGGACAGAGGCUUGCGUUGACAUUUUUCUCGAAAUUCUUCGAAAUGCCUUGCCGAUCAACAUUGUCGAGUCUUGCCUCUUCACCGUAACAGUGGUUAACCCCCCAGCCAAUACUUCCAGCAAUGGGACCGAACUCGACAACCUCGCUACUAUACAACGCACCGCACUGACCAACUACUUGGGGCUCGUCGUAUUCUGCAUAAUCGUCGGGGCAGUGCUUAGCACCGUGCCCUUGGAGCAGAGGGUGAUGACUGAUAUCUUCGUCUGCCUCAGCGAAGCUAUGAAAUCACUCACCUACUUCUCUCUAUGGUACUUCCCAAUCGGAAUAUGCUUUAUGAUCACGGUUCAGAUACUUCUCUCCAACGAGUUCUUCAGGCGGCUAGAUGAUAGCCCCGACAGCAUAACGUUGAGGUCCUACAUCUUCACGAUGCUUCUCUGUCAGGGAUUCCACCUGAUGGUCACGUUGCCCCUCAUGCUGUACUUCUUUGGCAAGCGCCGCUAUACGGGUCUCUACGCUAACCUCGGUUUCAUAAUUGUCACUGCGUUCGGCUCCAGUUCCAGCAAUGCUACAGUGCCAAUCACGAUGUUCACCUUGGAGCGGAAGAUGGGCAUGGACCCCAGUAUGGUGGGGAUCGUGUCGUCCAUUGGGUCUUGCGUCAACUUCGACGGCCUUAUUAUUCACAGAAUUGUUACGCUGCUCUACUACGCUCAACAGACCAACAUGGUCCUCUCGCUGAUCGACUAUGUUUACAUCAGCAUGUACGUGGUGCUGAGGAGUCUCCAAGUAGUUGGAAAAGCUGGCGGCCUAGAGGAUCAAGUUAUUUGUGACCUCCUAGUCCUUGGUAUCCCAGCAAAAAGCACAAUGGACGUAUUCAUCACAGAGUGGCUCCUAGAUCGUUGCAUGACUGUGGUAAAUGUCAUGGGUGAUGUAGUCGCAUGCAGCGUCCUUGACAACAGUGUCAUGAAGGGAGAAGAAAAGUGUGUUCUGUGAAGGAUUGAAGCUUGUUUUUUCCUGUGCCGCAAAGUUUAUAAUAGUUUGUACUGGGGGGCAUUGGGACAAACGGCCAACAAGCUUGACAAGGUCCCAAGCCCUUGUGAUAGUGAUGGUCCCCACAAAUACAAGCUGUCCAGUUCAUAGACAUUCCAAACCCAAUCAUGAUUAGAGUAAACUGCAAAUGCUAUCGUUA